AUGGGAGGCGCCGGAGGCCGGGCUGCGUGCGCGCAGGGCCGGCGCCCGCUGCGCCAGGCGGACGUGCAGCGGCUGGGGCUGGCCAUCGCCUCCGGGGUGCUCGCGCUGCUGCCGUCGGCCCGGGUCGCCGCGGCCCGGAGGUGCCUCGCUGCCCGGCUCGCCCGCUCCUGGGGGUCGACCGCGUCGUUGCGCCCCUGGCACGGCCAGGGCAGGCCCUGCAGCUGCCAGAGGCAGCAGCGGCUGCCAGGCUCCGAGGCGUCCGUGCUCGAGGGGGGAGUGCUCGCCGCGCCCGACCCGCAGGAGGCCUGCGCACGGGACGAGGCUCCUCAGGGGGCCAGGUACGCCGAAUUUGCCGAGGUCUUGGAGGAAGUCGGCGCUCAGGUGGGCGAGGGCUCACGUCAGCGCGCGAAGUUGGCGCUCACAGAGUAUUCUUUCGUCAGGGUGGCGAAGCUGGGCACGGAGGAGCUGACGCUCGCGGUGCGCCUGGCGCUGUGCCAGAUCCACCCUGGCCCCCUCAGCGGCCACGGCUCGCAACUGAAGGUCGGGGCGGCGCUCAUCAGGCAGGCGGUGCAAGCCGUCGACCCCGCGGCCAAGGCCCAGGCGGAGGAGCUGCUGGAGAGCGGCGGCGCGGACGACUGGGGCACCGCCGUGGAGGUGGUCUUGCGGGCGGCCCCCCGCCGUGCGCGGGCGCCCUCUGAGGGACUGUCGCUGCGGCAGGUGCGCGACCGGAUGUUGGAGAUCAGCAGGGUGUCCGGGAGCAAGGCCGUGCAGUGCCGCGUUGGCCUCGUGGUGGACUUGCUGCGGCAGGUGGGGCCCACGGAGGCCAAGUAUCUGGUCCGCACUCUGCUCGGCAGAGGCCUUCGAGUUCGCGUAGCGGCCCAGACGGUCCUUGAGGCCCUGGCAGACAGUGUGGAGCCGGCAGACCCGAGGGAAACGUCGGCAGAGGUACGUGCGCGUUUCGCCCUGGACGCCGACGCUGAUUCGAUUGUGAAAGCCUUGAUGUUGCCAAGGCUCAGCGGGAAGCUCGCAUCAGCGACAGCCCAGCUGGGCACGGCGUUGUCGCCCAUGGCGGCGAAGCCGACGCGUGGGGUAGAGGAUGUAUUGGCACAUUUGGACGAUGGCAACACGUGGACGGCUGAUUGGAAGUACGACGGGGUGCGAAUACAGAUACACAUCGGCCCAGACUGUGAGAAAGUGUAUUCCCGGAACCUCAAAGAUGUGACGCAGAAGUACCCCGAGGCGAUUCGGAUGGUGAAGAGUUGCUUUCGGACUGGAGUUACCUCGGCGAUUCUCGACGCGGAGGUGGUGGCCGUGGCGCAAUGUGGAAGGUUGUUACCUUUCCAGGACCUGUCCAAGAGACCAUCCGUGGCCCCAGCGACGUGCGAUGGGUCUACCAAAAGCGUCCACGUCUUCGUCUUCGAUUGCAUGCUCUUGAACGGCGAGUCUCUCUUGGACCAGGCUCUCGCGGAUCGCCGUACCAGACUAGCAGAUGCCCUGCAGUUCGAGGACGGCCACCCACUGAAGCCUGCAACGAGCAGGCAGUUCUCGUCGGAAGCAGAGCUCGAGGAGGCACUUAGCGCAUCCAUCGCGGACGCCACCGAGGGCCUCAUAGCCAAGCGCCUCUCGGCCGCCUACGAGCCGGGCAAGCGCUCGAACCACUGGUUGAAGUUGAAGAAGGAUUACCUCCAGGAAACACGGUAA